UGAUUGGGUGUCGCAGGUGUCAGUCUGCGUCGUAUUCUGGACAGGACAACCUUUUUCGCUGCUCUUGACGGUUUUCGUUAAGGCGACUUGGCUGUCAGGAAUUAAAGCGAAAUCGGUGUGUUGUGCGGAAAAACGGCGAUAAAGACUCGUGUAGAGUGUGUAGUCAUUAUUCUGGGGUAAUUCCGUGCGGCUGUGUGUGGAGUUAGUGCUCUGUUUUGGGGUGUUUUAUUGAGCUAGUCACGUCAGUUAGCUUGUGAAGGAAUUAGCUGCGGUUUGGCGUUGGCUAGCAACGCUAAUGAUCUAGCUGUUUUUAUUGUUGUUGUUGUUGUUGUUGUUGUUGUUUAGUGCAUGCAUGUCGAAAUGUAUGCGUUUCGUAUUCGUGUUAAGCACAUAUUAAGUGUCUAACCCUGAGCAUAAUGAUAAUGCUAAGGCUAACACGAAUGCUAGGUGCCCCGUUGGCACAGAAUAGGACUGAGCUAGCCAUUUUGUGCUUCCACAAUUUCUGAAUAUAAAUAUAUAUAUUUAUAUAAAAAAUAGGACUUGGAUUUAUUGGACAGCAUUAAAGCAACAUCAGUGCACGGUUUGUGUGGUUAUAUAUUAAAUUAAAUAUAGGAUAGAGCUAAAAUCGCACUGUAGAGAGCUUCAUCUUCAACUGAUGAGCUGAGGAUAUUUGUGUGCAGGAAAAGUGCAUUAAUGCAUCUUAGUGCACGUGCGCAUUGCUGCUAGAGUGUGUGUGUGUGUGUGUGUGUGUGUGUGUGUGUGUGAGACGACACGCCACAUCGGCAGGGUUGAUGAUGCACGCGCUGCUGUUCAUGCAAACAAGGAAAUGAAAUAAGAGAGAAGCUGAGAGGGGGAAGAAACGCCAACUGUGCGGAAGGGAGCAGGCGAGGUGUGUGUGUGUGUGUGUGUGUGUGUGUGUGUGUGUGUGUUCAGAUCGUCCUUAAUGCAGUGAACUGUCCAGUCUCGCGCUCGCCUUCUUUCUUUUCUUUUACUUUUUUUUUUUUUUUUUUUUGGUUCGGUUCGGUUCGGUUGGUUCUCUCGCCAUGGUCGGGUUCGGAGCGAAUCGCCGCGGAGGUCGGCUCCCGUCCUUCCUGCUGAUCGGUAUGAUGGUGGUGCUGGUCCUGCUGAGCUACAACUACUGGAGCGUGUCGCGGGAACACGGGCGCGCGCUGGACGAGCUGGCCGAGGUGCACGCGCAGGUGAAGCGCACGGACGCCGCGCGCAGCCGCCUGGAGAAGCGCAACUCCGAGCUCAUGCUGCAGGUGGACACACACCGGCGUCAGAUCGACCAGAAGGACGGUGACUACAGCGUGCUGGAGAGCAAACUGCAGGCGCGGGACGCACUCGUGAAAAAGUGUACGGAUGAGAAGAUGAAGCUGCAGAGUGAACUCGUACAAAAGACCACUGAUAUAAACCGGCUGAAAGAGCAGGUGAAGGAGAUGAGGGAUGAGAUUAUUAGGCAGGAGGAGCAGCUGAGGGAGGUGAAGAAGAACAACACAAACCUCGAAAGGAAGAUGGAAUAUGAGAGCCUGCAGUGUGGCCGACAGAUAGCGCAGCUUAAAGACGAGUACGAGGAGAGCAGGAAGCUGUUGGAAGAGAAAGCUACCAAAUUAAAAAAGGACACGGUGGACCAGCGUAAAGCUGACGCAGUGGCCGCUCAGGUCGAGCGUGGUACAGCGGCUGCAGUAGAGCACCACCCAGUGGCCGCACAGCGUCACAACAGCCCUGAUAUGAAAGAUGAUUUGGGGAAACCAGGAAGUGAUGCUGGAAUGCCUGGUAUUGAAGACAGUGAAGUGGGAAAGGUAGAUGAAAUGCAGUUUGCCCUGAAAAAGCCAGCCAUCACAGCGCAGCACAUGGAGCCAGCAGACGCGGUCGUGGUGCUGCAGGACAAACAGACUGGAGCUGGAGCAGGUGCUGGUCCUGAUGCUGGUCCUGAUGCUGGUCCUGAUGCUGGUCCUGAUGCUGGUCUUGAUGCUGGAGCUGAUGCUGCUAUUGACACUGGAGUAAGAGCAGGAGCUGGAGCUGGAGCUGGAGCAGGAGAGGGACCUGGGUUCGAUGCUCCUCACGGCUUCCCUCUGGACCGUCCUGACCUUCCCCAGGAUGGAGGAGCAGGAAAGGGUCUCCCACCAGUCCAGCAGCAGGUUCCUCAGCCGCUCAUGGACAGACCCGUGGUGCUGAACGAAGGCAACAAGGCAGCCGUCCAAGCAGACGAGUUGGGAGAGCAGCGGCGCCAAAUGAGAGAUCCUGAUAAUCCGGGAGCAGCGCUGCCUCCUCCCCCGAACCCUGCUCAGGUUCUGCCCAACCCCAUCGACCCCCAGCGAGAUGCUGCCCUCGCUGCACCGCUCCGACAUCGGCAGAGCCGCUUCUUUGACGAGAACGAGUCCCCCGUAGAUCCGCAGCGCACCUCCAAGCUGGCGGACUACAAUGGGGACGACGGCAACGUGGGCGAGUACGAGGCCGACAAGCAGGCCGAGCUGGCCUACAACGAGGAGGAGGACGGUGACGGCGGCGAGGAAGACGCCCAAGAUGAUGAAGACCGGGAAGUUCCAGGAGAACGCGGCGUGGACUACGGCAAGCGACACCAAGCCAUCGACAUCCUGUAGCCUCAGUCUGGAGUCUCAAAUCAAGACGUCUCCCAUAAUCACACGAGCAAGACUGGAUUAGCAAAAAAAAAAUAGUAAUAAUGAAAUAUGAAGGAGAAUUACUUGAACCUGCAUCUUAGCCGGAGCUGUAUUUCAACACGGCGUGGAUAUGGAUGCUUCCGUUCAACUUUUUAAGAAGGAUUUGACUUUUUUUUUUUUUUUUUUUCUUCUUUUUCUUUCAUCACUGACUUGAAAUGAAUUUUAAAAUAUCUGAAGGACGUGUAAAAUGACUAAUGUGCACAUGUGUAUAUAUUUAAUAUGUACAUUCGAAUUUUUUUUUCUGUUUAACGGAUUGUGGUGGUUUUUUUGUUUGUUUGUUUUUGUCAAGUUUAAAGCAGGCUUUUCAAUGGACACACACCUGCUGACAAGUUUGUUUUUUUUUUUAAAUUUGAUUUUAUUAUUUUAUUUUUUUAAUGAUGAUGUUAGGCUGUAGGUUCCUGGCCCGCUGUUGUGGCAGUGGUUCUAGAGAAAGCACCUAAACUCACAUCAGAAUGAGAUCAAUACAGAGGACGCAGUUUGUUUCCUUUUUUUUUCCGAACGCUGUGUUUUUCAGAAACACUGCAUGGGAAGUUGCCUUUUUCCUUUCUCUCAUUCUUCCUUUCUCUGAGACACUUUUGGACAAUAAAUUGUACAGGACUCUGACAAAUCGUUUUAAAUUAAUAUUCUUGUUCCGUUAAGAACUCUUCAGUGAUUCAACAGGUGAUUUUUUUUUUUUUUUUGAUGGAUCUUUUAUUUUAUUUUUUGCAUGUGAGUAAUUGGAUAUUAGCCUCCAGAACUACAGAAAUACAAAAAGCAAUACACUGUACCACAGCAGAGCGAGAGCUACGCAGCUUCCUGUUUACCUGCCAGAUAUGGAUGAGAUCGAUGACUGAUUGAUUAAUGUACAUAUUUGUGCCAGCGAUCCUGCUGAAUUCUGUAGAAAACCUCAGUGUCCUGUAGCCCUCGGACUCUUAACAUGUUGCUUUUCCUAAUGGAGCGAAACUUAAAGUUACCAUUCUGAAUGUACUUUAAUAACUACGAUUGUUCGGAGUUUUUCCAAGUGGCUCUGGAUCUUAAGAUGUAUAUAAAACAUCUUUACGGUUCUGUACAAAGUUAAACCGUUUAUUCCACCUUUCCAAAGAGCAGAGUUGUAUUAGACGAGAACUUUUUUGCCAUCACUGUGAUGCGACUCGGUAGUACUGUACAUGUAGAUAUAUACUCAACCGGUUCAACUCAACAGCUUGAAGAAGCGCUUUGCUUGCAGUAUAACUAGAUGUUAAAUAUAGAGUUUUUUUUUUUUUUUUAAUAAUUUGCAAAUAAAUAAUGCGCAUUCUGUAAAAAUAAAACAAGGUUCACAAAUG